CUGAAACAGCGAAAAUUGACAAAUUAACAACAGCUGUCCCAAAAACAAAUUAUCGGAAAUAAACCAUUUCCUAUCAUAAUUUAAUUCUAGUUGUGGCUGUGGGAUCAAGUGAUAAUAUUUCCAAUGCAUAAAAAUAUUGUUUCUUAAAACAACACAGCUAAUUGUUAUACAUUUUCAAAAGUACUAUGUCGAUUCCACCACUCGUUUGCAGCACUCCUCCUCCACCAGAACAAUGUGAAGACGACAAAGACCCAGAUGAUUUUGAGAUAAACUAUAAUCUGUCCCAAGAAGAUGACAAUGCUGAUUAUGACUAUGGAAAUUUUUCAAGUUUUAAUCAUUUUCAAUCUUCUACAACUGACUCUUGCCAGGAGAUAGAUAAAGCACAAAUAGUGGACCAAGGAGAUACAAGAUGUAAUGAAUCUUCAGAUAAAAUUCAUGUAAAUAAAAUUAUUCCUGAAGAAAAUGAUAGAGGGGGAGCUUUGGAAGAGGAUAUUAUUGAAGAUUUGGAUUUGAAAAUUGAUCAUGAACCCUCAGUUGGGACUACAAAACAUGAAAGCGAAAUUGAUGAAAAUUUAGUAAAAGAUUUACAAAGUGACAUUCCAAUAAGUAGUGCUACCACUCAGAAUGACCUUGAAUUAACUAGGUCGAAUUUAGAAUCUAUCACAUUAGAAGGUAAUGAUAAAACUAUUGAGAAAGAUGUACACACAAAAUUAGAUGAUACGGAGAGUGAAGAGAGUAUUAAAGAGUUGGCUGAUACAAUACCAACAAAUUUUAACAAUGAUACUGUUGAAAAUAAUGUUACUGCUGCAGUCUCACAAGAAAUUGAGAAUGAUUUUGUACAACAGACCAGUAACAAUGACUUGGAUGACUUUGAAGAUUUUCAGUUUAUAAGUUCUGAUAACAAACCAGAUGAUAACAUUCUUGUUACUGCUGAAAAUCCCUGGGAAAAUGAAGAUUCACAAAAUGAUGGCUUUGGGGACUUUACAGCAAACUUUGCAACAAAUGAUGAAUUUUCAGAACCUACUACUCUUGAACAACCUGAUGAAAAAGAUCAUGAUUCUGAAGAUGAUUUUGGGGACUUUGAUGAAUUUCAAUCAGUCAAUGAACCCCAAACUAACACCAGUGCCCCUGACAAAACUCUUUGUGAGGAAGUGCCAGUCUUAAAUCUUCAGUCUACAGACAGUGAACAUCAAAUUUUUGAAAGAAUUAAUGAAGUUAUGCAUUCAAUAUUCCAACAAGAAGUUACAGAAUCUGAUAAUAUUCUUGAUAACAGACUUGAGGGUUCUUUGGGCGAGACAUGGGGCUAUUUAUUAGAAACAGAUGUCAGGCAACCAUAUAUUGUUAAUUGGAAUAACUCAUUAGCCCAGAAAACACUUUUAAAGGCUCUAUGCAUUGACUCCAGAAACAUACUGUUUGGGCCUAAAUGGAGUUCCAGUAUGCCCAAAUUUGCAGCCAACUUAAGUACAGCACCACUUCAGCCACAAAAACAAUCUGGGCAGUCAAAUAUCAGUGAAACGGCACAUCCUGAUAAGGCAGCAAUGAAGUCUUCGUGGGUUGAUCCAUUCACAUCAGAUGGCCAAGAAUUCACCUAUGCCGAAGCCCUCCUUCUAGAUUUAGAACACCUCAUGGCAACUCUAGACCAAAUGGCUCACAAUCAUUCCACUCUCAAGAUAUCCGAAUUAUUAUCUCAUGCUUGCAGUAACGAAAACGAAAGUGUUGUCGUGGAACCAGGCCCUACAGAUUUGGACGUGUUUGAAGCUUCCAUCUCAUCAAAACCAGACAAAAUAUACUCCAAUACAUUGAGUAUCCAACCUAUACGACAGAUUAAUUUACCUGACACACACAUAUUUACACCUACAGAUUCUGAAACACCUAGAUCUAAAACUAUACAUUAUGAUAAUAGAUCUGCGCCAGCCGUACUGAUGCCGAAAACAGAUAACAUAUCGCCACAAGCACAUAAUUUGGAAGGUGACAAUGACUACUGGGAAUUUCAAGAUUUCCGAGGUGCAUCUCAAUGUAAAGAUUUACCGGUAACUACAAAUGAAAAGCCAAUAGACAAAACCAAUGAUCCAGCAUCAUCUAAAGAUGUAACACAAAAACCGAAUUAUACCUUAGAAACGCAAGUACUCCAACCUGUGAAAGUGGAACUUAUUAUGCCUACACUAAAUUGGCCUAAUCCUGGUGAAGUAAAAGAAACUUUUGACGACUUUACCGAUUUUAUGUCAAAUUCAUCUAUAAAAAAUGAUGAAACAGAACAAAUGUCGGAAAACAUUUUAUCUGCUGAGCUUGAAGUAUCUAAAAGUACUGAUGUAAAUAAACAUAAUGAUAACCUAACUUUAGGUACCAGUGAUAAGGUAGAUGAUGAUUUUGAAAUGUUUCAAUCGGCACUGCCACCUCAAUCUGGUCUUAGUAAUAUGGAUAAAAGUUUAGUUCACGAUAAGAUCUUAGUUAGUCAUGGAGCAAAUAAUUUAUCAGAUUUUGAUGUAGUGUUUGCUUCGGCCGAAAAGGACAAAAAGUCUGAGAACAUAUCACUUCCAUAUACACGACCAAUCGAAAAUGCCACCAAAAAAGUAGAAAAUGUAUCUAGCAUGAAUGAGCUUAUUUUUAGUUCUCAAAUAAUCCCUCCUGCUUCGGUACCAAUAUCGAACGUCUUGCAACCUACUAUUGCUUCACCAAGUGGAACUAAGCCUAAUCAACAAAAAGCUAAUCAAAUAUUGCAACCAUUGUCUUUAGAGAGUUAUUCCCAGAUCAAUUGGCCAAAUCCAGGAAUAGACUUGCAAGAUUUAUCAAGAUUCAAUCCUGUUGAAUCCCUUCAAUCUCUGAAAAGCGAAACAAUAAAUAGUCAAAGCAAAACUGCCUCUCCGGUUCACAGUCAAAAAGGAUUUGCUAAUCAAACUUCGGAUGACGAUAUUUGGGGCGAAUUUGUUUCUAGUAAACCUAAACAACCGCCUUUACCUAAAAAGGUAACGACGUUUGCCGACGACGACGAGUGGACAGACUUUGUCUCCAGCCCAAGUGUAAAUCCGCAUAAUGGUCUCAACACUAUCAGCCUUAACGUCCACACCAAUUCAAGCUUGCAAAAAUCUUCAAACACAAGCAAAUACCAACCAAAAGCUAAUGAAAUUCCAUUAGAUAUCCCUUCAUUAAAUUAUAUAACACCGAAAACAACCAGUCAACCAUCAUAUAACGAGAGGCACUUCCAAAAUUUAUAACAGUGCUGCAAUACUACUUAUUAUCACAUACUUACAUAAAACUGUACUUAAUUAGCAGUGAUUUGUAAAUAAGGUGGUGGUGUGAAAUUAGAGGUAAACUCACCAUUAUUUGUGUUUUUUAAUUCAAG